CACGCAACGAAAACAAAUACAAGUCGGACAGAUCGCGGUAGUUGGCGAUAAAUUUCCACCGAAUUUUAGCUGUUAAAUUUAUGAUUUUUUAACAUUAAAAAUGGAAGAUGACAUUGUCUGCAUAACGUGCAAACAGCUAGCUCUGCCUGGCGGUGAAACAUUGGAGGGGAAAGUGCAUAUCAUCGUCGAAGAUGGAAAAAUAUCUGCGAUUUUUGACCAAGAGGCUGAUCUUGUGAAGAGCACCAAGACUCAUUAUUAUGCGGAUAUUGUCACGCCAGGCUUCGUCGAUAUACAUCACCAUGGACUAAGUGGAGCUGAUGACCUGGUUCGGUUUUGGAGCAACCCAGCUUACACGCAAUCGCGUCUCAUCAAGUAUGGCGUCACUUCAUUCCUCGCGUCCAUGGUGUUCCCAAAGGACCUUCAAUCUCAUUCCGUCUUCAACACGUUGAAAAUCCUUGAAGGAAUCGUAGGGGAGACAGGUCAGGGGUCAACCUGCGAAGGCAUACAUGCAGAGGGCCCAAUCGUCAACGACUUUGGUGGCCUCCCCGUAGGAGAUAACGAGAUGUCGAUUCCAGAUUUCAAAAACAUUCUGGACGCCAUGCCGAGUUGUCGCAUCAUGACUAUCAGUCCACACGUAGACGCCAAGAAUAACUAUGAACGGAUUAAAAUGCUUCUAGACAGGGGCAUUGUGCCAGCAUUAGGCCAUGACAGACUAGCCACGGAACAAGAGAUUCUAGGAGCGCUGAAGAUCAAACCGUCGGUUCAGUUCCACAUCACACAUCUAUUCAAUGUCUGUAGUUUUCAUCAUAGAAACCCUAGUCUGGUCAACUUUGGAAUGACUGACCGUUUCCCGUCGCUACCAGGGUAUGAAAAGCUAGCGCCACCAACCGUAGAAAUCAUUGGAGACAUGGUCCACGUGCAUCCUCUUGCUGUGUCCAAUGUGCUGAGUUCCAGACAUUUUAAUCAAGUAGCGUUUGUAUCGGACUGUACUGCCGAGGCAAUACCCAACAAGAAGAUAUCAUACAGCAAUAGAGACAUGACAGUUACCGCAGACGGUAAGUGUCUUGUUAUCGAAGGCACAACGACUCUCGCCGGCAGUUGCUGCUCAUGUCUGGAUGCCUUCAAAUCCCUGGUCAAGAUGUUCCACACGGGGAUAGGCAAAGCAGCGGCGAUGGUGGCCGAAAACCCUGCAAGGAUUGCAAACCUUAAAGGCAUCGGUUCCGUCAAGGUUGGCAACCGAGCUGACCUUCUGCUCUUUGACGACGACCUGAAUCUCCAGAAGACGUUUGUGUGCGGUCAUCCAGUCUACACAGCCAAGGAGGUGGAAUGACGCAACAAGAGAGAAAAUAAAAGAGAAAGCAUUACAAGUCCACAGUGAAACAGCUGACCGUUGUGAGGUAGCGUACUGACCCAAUUUCCAAAGAAUUUUACUUCGCUUCGAAUACACGCACAGUACCAAUGGCUGGAUCAGUUGCCAAGUGUGUGGCAUGAUCCAUCACUAGGAUAAGUCCAGUGACCCUGCUCGCUGUUACAUAAGACUUUGAUAGUGAAUUGUUUACGACCUUAAAAUGUCAUUCGAGAAGAUUCAAGGGAACUUGUUUAGAAUCCUGCAACUAAGACUCGAUACAAUGAACCUUUUGCCCAUAAGCUUGUCCGCAACUUAUCCUGGAUAGUAGAUGAGAAUAACUUCCAAAGGUGAACGUUGCAAAGUUGCUUAAAGGUAGAGUAGAUCAUUUGCAGCUAUCCAAAAAGUAACUGACCAAAUUAUUGUUGAAAAGCACCCUUGGUUUAAAGAUAGUAAUGGCACUAAACUCCCUGUGAAAUUAUUCCUUCUGGCAUGAUGUCAUUUUGAAGAAAACAAUAAAGAAGGCCAUUUCAAAAGAUGCAUCAAGGGGCGCAUUUUCGGACAUUUCUGUAGUACUUGGUUUGUAAGUCAUAUCGGUUUAGUUGUAAAGUAGCCGUCAUUAGAUUUUCAGCACUUUUGUUGCUUCAAACGAAAAAAGGCACAAUUGACAAAUGAUCUACCCUACCAUUAGUACAAAUAUAUUUAGUGGCAUAUGUACAAAAUCUGCAAACAUAAACUAGGUAGAAGUAGAUUUCUUCUCACAUCAUCAAAACUUUGUCCGUCAAAUUCUUUUUAAAGUUGCGUUCCCUGUGCUCAAUUCAUUUUCUUUUCUAAAAAUUUAAUUUUUCAACUU